GACAGGGUAGUUGAGCGGAGUUUCGUUUAGUUCUGAAACUCGCCCCAUGACUCGGGCGUGACGGGAGGGUGCGCGCUCAGGGACGCGGGGAGAAGGGCUGGAGUGCGACUGUGGUGGACACGUUCCCUUCAGACGUGUGUCUCUCGGGGAACCGACAGUUUCUGGUUUGAAAGCUGGAAGCGGGUGGGUGCAGGGCAGUAGGGGCCCCCAGGGUAAAUUAGCAUUAGGGUGUUUGGGAUCCGGUGUCGGGGUCGUGUAAUUCGUUCCGAAGAUAUUCCAAUGGAAGGCUGGAUGUUUGGGAUCCAUCUGACUACUGUGUAAUUGGUUCUUGGGUAUAUUCAGUUCUGGGGAAAUUACUGUGGUCAGGAGGUUACAUUCGGAUGAUUGGGGAGUGGAGUUUGACAUCAGGUGAGGAUACUGAAAGUUUCAGAGAUGAAGUGUCUCCUGAUUGCCGGUGAGAGUGCGCAGGUCCUCUUUUACUGGACGGACAAGGAUUUUGAAGUAAAGCUGAGACAGCGAUUUCAAAGCAUGGGACAACACGGAGAGGCUCAUGUCCCGGCCUUUGAGGACAGCAUAAACACUCUAUUUGCGCCUCUGCUCAUUUCCUGCAUCACUCUGAAUGAGAAGGUCUCUGAUACGUACACCUCCUUUGUCAGUGAGAACAACUACCUCUUCGCAGUUCGCCAGUUUGGUGAGUGCACUUAUAUUGCUGUGAAUGGAGACGGGUCAGAGAAUGAAGAUGACUUGAGACGGAAGAUUUUUGUGCUGAAGAAGAUCAUAGAUUUGCGUUUUGGGUUGGUGACUUUGGAUGCUACCAUCCUAAAGAAAAUGUUGAGGCCCCAAGACACUGAGCAACGUUGUAAGGUGUGGAAGAUGCUUCAAGACCUCCUGAUCACAUAUAGUCACCUGAGGGCAGAAGACCAGAGUUUCCUGGUGGAGGCUGUGGAAAGCCUGGUCCACACCCAGCUGUCGAGGCAGUGCAUCGAGUUUCUAGACCGCUACGUUGUACAGCAGAUAAACAGCAGUUUGGAGAGGGGUAAUGAAGAGGUAGUUCAUGCCUUCAUCCUGGUACACACCAAGCUCCUGACUUUAUUUUCAAGUCAUAAUGUCAGUUCCAUGAAGCCUUCAGACUUGCUGUCACUUAUUUUGAUUGUUCAAGAUAUGUACCCGAAUGGUGACAAUCUGCAAACACUAACUGACAAGAAUUCGGAGAAAACUGCGGAAACGAAAGGAUUUGAUACCACUGGGCGGUCACCUGCUGCACAAGGAGAAGGAGGCUCAGUGGGAAGUAGUUCACAGCGAUUCACAGACCCAGUGGUACAGGUUGCAAAAGGUGCCCCGCAGGCUGUUCAAUCAUCGCCUUCAGGGGUUUCUGCUCCCCUAAGGGUUUUCCUGGAAUCCAGUUCAAAGGAUAGUUAUUGCCCCGUGAUGCCCUACAACAUGUACUGUAUUUCCCUUUGGUUUGGCAUCUCUCUGGUGCUGCUCAGUAAGGUUCCUAACAGUCAAGUUGCAGUGACCUUGUAUCAUCUCCUGGAUGCAUUCAGUGUGCUGGAGGCCAGACUGAGUGAGGGACAGGAGCUCGGACACUCUUCUCGUGUUCAUCCCAACUUGUCAGAUCUAAGGCAAAAGAUGGAUAAGUUCAUAAAGGCUAUUGGAGUCCCAAAGCAGCAGUUACAGUCUGCCUGGAUAGACUUCAAGAACAAAGCAUUUUCUAAAGGCAACACUGGAAAUCCUCAGGAUCUGUUGCAGGCAUGUCGGAAUGUGAAGACCCAACUAUGCUUGGUUUAUCAGCACUAUUUCCUGGUAAAACCAGCAGGAGGCUCUCAGCAUUUGACUAUCGACUUGCAGACCAAAAUGCAAAAAAUUGUCCAGGAGAAACUGAUAGACUGGAAGGAUUUCCUCUUGGUAAAGAGCAAGAGGAAUACCACCGUGAUCUCCUAUCUGCAAGACUUCCCAGGACUGAUCCAUUUCAUUUACGUGGACAGGACAAUGGGCCAAAUGAUUGCACCUUCCUUAAAUACUUCAGAGAAGUCCACAGAGCUGGGGAAAGGACCACUGGCUACAUUCAUUAAAAGCAAGGUGUGGUCUUUGGUUGGUAUGGGCCUGAGAUACUUACAGAAGGGGUAUACCACUCUGACAUUCCGUGACGGAGAUUACUACUGCUGUUACUUCCUCUGGUUUGAGAAUAAUGAUGGAUACAAGUUACCAGUCAUAGAGCUGCCAGUGCUGUCAGAUGACUCCGCUCCUGUCGGGAUAUUGACUGGAGAUUAUUACAGGAAACUGAUACGAUACUGCGGCAAGAACCACGGCUUGGAAAUGAUAAAAUGCUUUGAGCUCUUCACUAUCCAUCUUGGUGUCAUUCCUACAGAGUUUAUCAUUCAGCAGUGCUGUAAUCUAGCACGCAAGUUAUGGGAGCCCUCUCAUAUCCCUCUGUUCUAAAGCAAUACCAAAGAAGGAUCAUUCGGAAGUCAGGAGAAAGUUUUCUGUUGGUGGACAUGGCUGGCCCUCUGUAAAUUUGCUUUCAAUUUGAAAUGGCUGGAUACUUUCUGAUUUUCUACCCCCCCCCCCAUCUGUCAUCAGAUAGCUUGGCUUCAGUUAUUACUGAGCAUACAGGCUCAGUAUUUAUGUUGAGAUACUAGAAAGUGGGGGUAGCUGAGGAACAGUGCAGAUUCUGAGUGGGUGGGUGUGGAUGUUAUGAAUGUGCUGAGCAACAAUGACAACGGGGCAGUCGGAAUAACCGUCAUAGCUGAGGAACGUUAGCCACAGUACACACUGGGCAACUUAGUGCGGGCGUGACAAACCAAGCCUGCCAAGAUAGAAGUGUGCGCCCGGAAGCCCGCACUAAAAGAGAGCCCUGCACGUUUAGGAGGUCCAGUCGAUUCACCGUGCUAUCAAUCAGCCACAUGCACGGUUGCCAUGUUCUCCCAAUUGAUCUGAUGUGGUUCAGUGGGGAUGACUGAUUGGUUCUUUUCCCACAUAACCCCAGCUCCAGAUUCUGGGCAAGGUGAAGGAUGAUAUUGGAUCCUGGAUCAAAGGAGCGGCAAAUGCAGAGUGGAAUUAGCUACCAGAUGUCCUCGUGUGUGGGCAAUUGCCCCAGCCUGUUGUUGGCAGAGGCCAAUCAAGCUGAGUUUGGGUCAGAUGAGCUGAGUCUGGGUGUCUGAUCUGUAUAUUGUAUCUGAGGGACAAAAGAGGUAACUACGAUUGAAAGAGUGCAGAGAAAAUUUUCAAGGAUGUUAUUGGGAUACGAGGACCUGAGUUGUAGGGAAAGCUUGAUUAGGUUAGGACUGGACUGCAGAGGAAUAAGGAUAGAUUUCAUAGAGGUAUACAAAAUUAAGGGGUAUAGAUAGGGUAAAUACAACCAGACACUUUCCACUGAGACUAAAAUUAGAGAUCAUAGGAUAGGGCGAUGGAUAAAAUAUUUAAGCAGAACCAGAGGGGGAGCUUUUCAUUUAGAGAGUGGUGUGAGUGUGUAGUGAGCUGCCAGUGAAAGUGAUGUAUGCAGGUUCAACUUCAACAUUUAAGGGAAGAUUGGAUAUUUGUAUGGAUGAAAGGGAUGUGGAGAGCUAUGGUCCAGUUGCAGUCCAUGGGAGUUUAGCAUGGACAAGAUGGGCCAAAGGGCUUGUUUCUGUGCUGUAUGAUUCCAGCCUUCUCUGCUUAAUCUCUACCCCCCUCCAUGCAUUUCUUUCUCUCACACCUAUCCACCCCUCCACUCUUCCUCUUCUGUCAAUGUAACCAUUGCCCAGUUGAAAAGUAUUGCAGGGACCAUUGUAAAUAUGUCACAUCAACGGUGGUCGUGCAGGUUGUCGUAUGGAGUUGUCUACUCAUUAAUAAUAGUUUCAGUUCUGUCAAUGAAUAAUCAAUAAACCUUUGGAACCAGCACCGCUGCUUGUGAACGGGGCUGCUGCUGAAUACCUGAGACUGGUUAUUUUGAUGAAAUAAUCGAGUAUUUUUGUAUGUCAAAAGAUGGUGAUUAAACACAGUGCUCUUCACUUUGAU